AAGAGAGGAAAGUUUGACUAGGGGAGAAGGAGUGCAGGAGGAGGAGCAGGAAAGGAGAGAUAGAGUGAGAGAGAUAGAGUGAGAGAGAGUGUAUGUGUGUGCACAAGACUAUACUACAGAGCAGGAGCAUGUGAGUGUGCGAGACGGAGAGAAAGAGAGGGAGCAAAACCUAAGAGCAGAAUGAGCAGGCUAUGUUUGCCUUCUUAGUUUGGCUCCCGGACAGAAAGCAUAGACAGUAGGAAAUGACCAUGAAGAGAACUAUGGAGUGUGUGUAUUGGGCGCACAGUCGCCAUGGCUUUGGUUCAGGCACUGGUUGUGCCUUCUGAUCACCCACAAUCCAGUGUUGAUCUUCAGCCCUGCCUACCUGUAUCACAUUCCCCACCCACAGGCAUUAUGGGCUCUGUCAGCAGCCUUAUCUCUGGACGCACUUACCAGGAACGCCACUGUCGCGCUGUCAGUGACUUCAGCGCCAGGCUCCGCAAGCCCCUGCCUGCCACCAGCUGUUUCCGGCAGCAGGAGGGCACACUGCGAGGGCCAGCUCUCGAGGAGCUCCUCGACAACCAGACAACUUUGCCUAUAAAGAACAAACCCACCAAUCUCCUGACUGCUGGCAAUGGCAACUAUGGAUACAUGAGUGAUGAUGUGGUGGGUGACUGGAAUGAUAACCAUGUCAAAGUAGGCAGCCCUUGCAGUGACACAGAAGAAACACAGAACAACCGAGGAAUUGUGAACAGUACUAACAUUGGCGGCCCUCCGCCCAAACUCAUCCCUGUCUCAGGCAAACUGGAGAAAAAUAUGGAGAAAGUCGUAAUUCGACCAACUGCCUUUAAGCCGGUAGUACCCAAGAACCGCAACUCAGUGCAGUAUCUUUCACGGCCAGGGGGCAGUCUGUCAGAGAGCCAUGGAAGCAUCAAUCUUUUACUUCCAGGAGGUGCAGGGAUGCUGUGCACAGAGAAACACAAUUCAUACACUGGUAGCCGCAACGCUCGCAACAGUCAGACUUGCAGCAUGUCCGAUUCUGGCCGCAAUUCACUUUCAAGCCUGCCCACAUACAGCAGUACAGCAUGCAGCUUGGUGCAGUGCGAGAGACUGUCCACAAGCACAGAGUCAACAAGGCCCACAGGAGGACAUGGCCACACGAACUCCGACAGUGGUCGCUCCUCAUCCAGCAAGAGCACAGGCCAGCCACUCUCAGACAGUGGAUCAUGUGGGCGUUCCCCUGCUCCCCCAGAGGGCUAUGAGAGCAUUAUUCGUGAGCUCGAGGAAAAGCUGAGAGAACGAGACUUGGAGUUGCAGCAGCUCAGAGACAACCUGGAUGAGAACGAGGCAGCCAUCUGCCAGGUAUAUGAGGAGAAGCAAAAACGCUGUGAGCAGGAGAUGGAAGAGCUCAGGCAGAGUUGUGCAACCAAGAUGAAGCAGGUGCAGCAGAAAGCACAACGGGCCCAACAGGUGCUGCAGCUGCAGGUCUUUCAGCUCCAACAGGAAAAGAAGAAGCUGCAGGAGGAUUUCUCACAGCUGCUGCAGGAGCGAGAGACACUGGAAAAAAGAUGUGCCUCUAUUGAAAGAGAGCAGAACCAGUUAGGCCCCCGUCUGGAGGAGACCAAGUGGGAGGUUUGUCAAAAGUCUGGUGAGAUCUCCCUGCUGAAGCAGCAGUUAAAGGAUGUGCAGGCUGACCUGGGACAGAAAGCAGCCGAGAUUAUUGCCCUAAAGGCUCAGCUGCGAGAAGCUCGAUCAGAGCUGCAAGCCAGCCAUACGCGCAUACAUGAGGCUCAGGCAGCGGCACGAACUCGUACACUCGAACUGGAAGUAUGUGAGAAUGAGCUGCAGCGCCGCAAAAGUGAGGCCGAGCUACUUCGUGAAAAGCUGGGCCGCCUUGAAAUGGAGUCAGCUCGUCUCAGAGACAUCAUGGUGUUGCCCAUCAGCAAGGGCCAGUGCAUGAGCUUGCCUCUGCCUCAGAGCCGUGUCGGAGGUGGCCUUAAUCAAGUCCACAGCCCUGCUUUUCAGGAAGUAGUGGAGCCGCUGCCAUUGUACGAAAGCGAUGUGAGCAAGCUACAGCAUCAGAGCACAGAUACUCUUCAUGGUUUGCACUUGCAAGUCGAGCAAUUGCGCACUGAGCUGGUGUUCGAGAGAAGGCACGGACACGAACAGCUGGAAGCCUUCGAAGAGGAGCGCCGUGUCUGGCAGGAGGAGAAAGACAAGGUGAUCCGCUACCAGAAGCAGCUACAACAAAACUACAUCCAGAUGUACCGCCGCAACCGGGAGCUGGAGCGCGUGAUGAGGGAGUUGAGCCUAGAGCUAGAGAACAGGGAAAUGGAGGAGUUUGAUAUGCGUCAUGAAAUCAGAUUCGAGGAAAUCGCAGCCACUGAGAUCUAACACACAUUUAUUUAGUUCACAGCUGCAAAACAAUUUAAAUGCUCUGUGCACGCGAAUCUGUUCUGAGGAAAUGACUUAGGCACAAAUGCAACCGUUUCCCCACAGCCAGAGAAUUCAAAUUGUUUUCAAACACUGCCUGACUUUGACUGUGUCCUUAAUAGUGUACCGACCACCAGAACACCACUUCACACUCUAACUGUGGUAGAAAUGCAGCCUAGACAGUAGUACAUCCUGAACGUCCUGUUGUCUGACAGCGGAAGUGCCUUGUCGCUUCUACACAGAUGUGUGAAUAUAAAGACGUUUUGUGUGUGCUUUACUGAAUUUCAGCUCAUGUUAUGUAAUGGACUGAUAUCAUGUGCUGUGUUCAGUCAAGGUAAAGGCACUAAUGGGAGAGGAGAGGAGGACCUGCACUAAUGGACUCUCCUCUACUUCUUACUAAUAUAGCAUUAAUAUUAAUGUAACUCUAAUGCAGCACGGUCGAGUUCUACAGAGUUAAAGUGCAUUGUCACAUCAUUUGAUCUGCUUUUAGUGUGCUUAAUCUUGGAGUUGUUGGAGGAAGAAAUGAAAAACAGCUUUUGUAUAGCGACUGUUGUCAUGUCAGGGUGCACCAUAAAGACAGAGAAUAACAUCUGUUCUAUUUGUCCUCUGGGCUCACGGGGGGCUCAGCAAGUCAAUACUAAUCACUUUAUUUCGAAGUACUAUUUUUUUAUUAUGAUGAAAUUCAUCUUCCUUUAUAGAUUGCACAAUAUUGUAAUGCACACAUCUGAGUGUGACUAGCACCUGUGCAUGUUAGAGUCAUAUCCAAGCAUCAGGCUGUGCGGAGAUUUAAGUUUCACAUAUGCUCCAGUCAGAAGCGUCUCCACCCACAGUGGGUAGCCAUUGCCUUCAUUAGCAGCCUAGUCAUGACAAUGUAUUCAUAGAUCUUAGCUUAGACUUGCCUACAGCUAUUGAAAUCCGAAUUAAGAAAUAGUCAUAUAGGAGGGCAUGUACAUACACAAUAUACACUAUUUUUUUGUUAUUACUGAACAAACUCUUUAAAAUAUGUAGCAAUGAAAUCUAUUUUAUAUAUUUUUAUAUGCAUAUAUAGUGAUAGCCUAUUUUGUGGUAACAUUUCAACAGUUUUCUAUCUACACUUUAAGAAAUAAUCCAGUGAAGCCAUUUGAAUUUUGCAAGGCACUUCAGAGAGACUGCUUCUAAAUCUGCAACGUUGCUGCGUAGAUUUCAGAAACUUGUUGGGAAAUUGGAAACGUUGUUUUAAGAAUUAUCUACCCCGUGCCGGACACUGCCUGACGCAAUCACUAUUCAUUUAGCAUUUUCCAAAUGCUUGCAACAAUGAUUUGUAGCAUUUCACACCUCAAUCUGUGUUAAUAGGUCAAAUUAUUUGAAACAAUUUGAAACCAAAUAGCAGCAUUAAUCUGGAAAUUCUUGGUCUGGAUAUUUUUGCUUGUGGUCAGAUCAUUUUUAUUUAAAAUGUUACUAAUUUCUUGUGUUUUUAUAUAAAUCACCCCCCACACAUGCACAUGCACACGCACACACACACACACACACACACCAAGACUGUCUCAGAGAUCUGUUGCACCAGUGGAGCACAAUUCCAUUUAUCUCUCAAUACUAGUCCAAACCAUGACUGAAACACAUGUAAAUAUUUCUAAUAUUAUAUUUAGAUUUUUAUACAUAAUUUUUCUGUUGAAGGUGUCACCACUGGGAGAAGACCAAAGUAAAGUAACUUACUGUAUUUUUUAAUUGUCUUUUAUUCAUGUGUGUGUGUGUGUGUGUGUGUGUGUGUGUUUUGUCUUUUCAUGUUGUAAGCAAUUGUAUAUUAUCAAGCUGUACAUUUUCUGUAAGAAGCAAUACAAUGUUUUUGAUUAAAAAUGUCACAAGUCAAAGUGA